AUGGCACGGACUCGAAAGCAAGCCAAGGCAGCUGAGCAAGCUGCUGACGAACCGGUUGAGGAUCAACCUGGGCCUUCCGAUGCUCCAGCUCAAAAGCGACGUCGUGUGGCGCCAGGUGCGGUUAAACCAAAGGAAAAGGUCAAAGAAGAGGAAAAGGAUGCCGAUGAAGAGGAAGAAGAGAAGCCAGAGACAAACCACAAGAGUGCACCUCGGGUUGUCCGCUGUGUUGGCCCGGCACCAGUUUUCGAAAGUUGUUCUAUAAAGGAAAAGUCUGUGGUUUACGCGAUGCAAGAUUCCGUAUACAGUGUAAUGCUCAACAAAACGGACAUUGGCAACAACAACAAUAAAUUUUAUGGAAUUCAAGUGCUUCAACUAGAAAAUAACCAAUUCGGAUGCUUUCUUUGGUGGGGUCGUGUCGGUUAUGCCGGGCAAAACUCUCUGGCCCGUUUUCCUAGUGCAAUUGGAGCUACAAAUAUGUUUUGCAGCAAAUUUUCGGCAAAAACUGGCUUAGCUUGGGAUGAGCGAAACGAGGCAGCUGUCUAUGGAAAGUACCGUCUUGUCGAGAUUGACCAGUUUCAAGACACGCUUGAUAAAGAGAAUGAAGGCAAUGAGCAAGAUGCCGAUGAUAAGGUCAAACAAGAAGUGCCUGAUAGUGUCCUAGCAGCUGAAAUUCAAGAAGUUAUCAAAAUGAUCACCAAUUUGUCGAUGCUUGCCAAUGGAAUUCGCUCAAUUGAGCUCAGCUACGAGAAUUCAGAAAAAAUGCCACUAGGAAAACUGACGGCUGCUCAAUUGGAACGAGGCUACGAAAAUUUGAAAGAACUCGAAAAUCUACUAAAGCGAAAGAAGUGUGACAGAUCAUUAUUGAUUCGUGCUACAAACGAUUUCUACUCAAAUAUUCCUCACAGUCUGGGAUUUUCUCGUCCAAAGGUCAUUGAUGAUAUGGAUGAAGUCAAAGCAAAAUGUGAAUUGCUUGAUACUUUGAAGGAAGUACAAAUUGCCAUCAAAACUAUCAAGGAAGGAGAAAAUGGAAUCAAGGAAGAGCAAAAUCCGAUUGAUCGCAUGUAUCUUUCACUAAAAUGCGAUUUUCAAGUGGUGUCGCCAAAGAGUGCCAAUUUCAAGAUGAUUCAAGAUUACAUGCAAAAGACUCAUGCAUCUACACAUACAUUUGCUAUGAAGAUUAAAACAGUCUUUGAAGUCAAACGCCAUGUGGAAGAUGAACGAUUUAUUGAUCAUGGAAAUAAAAUGCUUUUGUGGCAUGGUUCGCGUUUGACUAACUUCUGUGGAAUUUUAUCUCACGGCCUUCGAAUUGCUCCUCCUGAGGCGCCAUGUACUGGAUACAUGUUUGGUAAGGGAAUCUACUUUGCUGACUCUUCAUCGAAAUCCGGAAACUAUUGCUACCCAAAGAACAAGGAAGAGGGAUUACUUGUUUUGGCAGAAGUUUCACUUGGAGUUGUAAACGAGAAGAAAGGGGCCGAUUAUGAUGCUUCUAAAUUACCAGCUGGAAAACAUUCAACCUUUGGAAUGGGACAAUGGGCACCGAGUUCUGGAAAGCAGAGUUUCAAGAAGAUAUUCGACGAUGUUGUUGUUCCUAUGGGCCCACUUGAACGUGUCACCGAUCGAACAGAUUGCUCGCUACUUUACAACGAGUAUAUCGUGUAUAACGAAGCUCAGGUUCGUCUGCGUUUUCUUGUACAGACCGAGUUCAGCGACGAUCUCGACAUU